AUGGCGCACCGGAAGCGGAACCAGCUCGCGCCCUUCCCAUCAGCCCGUGCGGCAGCGCUGGUGAGCGAGUCGACGGUGGGCUUCUUCGUGGUGAUCCUGGCGUUCCUGCUGCCCUCAGACUUCCACAACUUUGAGCUGAAGAACCGCAUCCUCAAGUGGAACGACGUCUACCACAAGAUGCCCUGGGGCGUCAUCUUCGUCAUGUCCGGAAACAUCGCCAUCUCGUACGCGCUAGGGGAGUGCGGCGUGUUCAGGGCCCUGAUGGACUGGUCACGGCAGCUGUCGGCCAACGCGGUCUGGGCUGAGCUGUUCUUCCUUUUCCUCACAGCCAUCGCCUCCGAGGUGACCACCGUCAAGGACAGGCUGCCCGAGUUCUACUACAUCGCGGGCAACGUGAGCCAACUGACCGACAUGCACCCGCUGAGGCUCAUGCUCCCGGUGUCGGCGGCGUCCGAGUUCAACUACAUGAUGCCGUCGUCAGGCGCGAGGAACGCCAUCAUCUUCGAGAUCUCCUACAUCUCCGCGCUGGAGAUGAUCCUGCCGGGCCUGCUGAUGAAGAUCGUCUCGUGCUUCCUCUACCUGGGCAUCCUCAACUCGGUCGGCGACAUCAUGAUGGGCGACGAGGUGCUCGCGGUUGUCAACACCACGAUCGCAGCCACGGUGGCGUCCACCUCUUCGGCCAGCGGGUCCGUUUCCGCCAGGAACUUGCUGUUCGACAAUAAACUCUGA